GCAGUUCUCUGCAGACCCGGAAACGGAAUGCUGGGGACGAAGGUCACUCUGCAGAGCAUUGACUUCUAAAGACUCAAUUAGACUGAGGAAGAAGCCUGGAAGAGCAAAGAAGAGUCAGGAAUGGCCAUUUCUCAGGAACAGUUGACCUUCAAGGAUGUUGCUGUAGAAUUCUCUCAGGAGGAGUGGGAAUGCCUGGACCCUGCUCAGAGGGCCUUUUACAUGGAUGUGAUGGUGGAGACCCUCAGGAACCUGAUCUCUGUGGAUAUCUCUCAUAUACAUGUGGUCAAGAAAUUACAACCAAUAGCACGUAGUGAUAGAGGAGAUGCAUUCCAAACAAUGACAUUGGAAAGACAAGAAAGCCCUGAAAUGAAAUAUUUUUGCUUCACGGAAAUCCAGGAAGAUGACUUUGGGUGUCAGUGGAAGAAUGAUGAAAGAAAUUACAAAGGAAUGCCUGUAAUAUAUAAGGAAAAUGUAACUCACAGAAGAGAUCGACAAGGUAGGUGGAAUGCAGGAAAGAAGCCAAUUAAAAAUAGAUUUGUGUUAAGCUUUCAGGAUGAACUGCAUAUAUUUAAGAAAAAUAUUUACAAAUGUCACGAGUGUGGUAAAUCCUUUAAUUAUGGCUCCUCCCUCAGUAGACACCUUCUAAUCCAUACAGGAGAGAAAUUAUAUAAGUGUGGUAUAUGUGGCAAUGUUUUUCGUCUAAAGUCACACCUUGUAAGUCAUUGGACAACUCACACUCGUGCGAAAACUUACAAAUGUGACGAGUGUGGUAAAACCUUUAAUCACAGCUCAUCCCUCCGUAGACAUCAGAUAAGGCAUACAGGAGAGAAAGUGUAUAAAUGUGAUGUAUGUAGCAAAGUCUGUAGUCAAAAUUCCUCCCUUAAACGUCAUCAAAGAAUUCAUACCGGAGAGAGACCUUACCGAUGCAAUGAGUGUGGCAAAACCUUUAUUCGUGGCUCUCAACUCUCCACACAUGAGGUAAUCCAUACAGGCAUGAAAUUAUGUAAGUGUGAUGUAUGUGGCAAAGUCUUUAGUCAAAAUUCAUGCCUUAGAAUUCAUCGGAGAAUUCACAACGGAGAGAAACCUUACAAAUGUAAUGAGUGUGGUAAGGUCUUCCGUCAAAAUUCACAUCUUGGAAGACAUCAGAGAAUUCAUACUGGGGAGAAACCUUACAAAUGUGAUGAUUGUGGCAAGGUCUUUAAUCAGUAUUCAAAUCUUGCAAGUCAUCAAAGAAUUCAUACUGGAGAGAAACCUUAUAACUGUAAUGUGUGUGGCAAGGUCUUCAGUCAAAAUUCAAAUCUUGUAAGUCAUCAGAGAAUUCAUUCUGGUGAAAAACCUUACAAAUGUAAUAAGUGUGGCAAAUUUUUUAAUCAAAGAGCAUACCUUACAAAGCAUCAGAGAGUUCAUUUUGAAGAAAAGUCUUACAAAUGUAAUGAGUGUGGGAAGGUCUUCAGUCGAAAUUCAAAUCUUGAAAGUCAUCAAAGAAUUCAUACUGGAGAGAAACCUUUCAAAUGUAAUGAGUGUGGCAGGUUGUUUUCUCAAAAGCCAAACCUUGGAAAGCAUCAGAGAAUUCACGCGGGAGAGAAACCUUACAAAUGUCAUGAGUGUGGGGAGGUCUUCAGUCGAAAUUCACUUUUUGCAGUUCAUCAGAGAAUACAUAACGUAGAGAAGGCUUUCAGCUGUAAUGAACUUGAAAUGCCUUUACUGAGUUCUCAACCCUCACUAAGUAUCAGAGAUCAGCCUCCCACUCCCCGCCCCCCGCUCUGCGCCUGCCCUGCCUCCCAGCACUCCCUGCGGGCUCCGGGGGUCUCUCCAGGCACCUCGCGCUCCGCCAAGGCCCCGCCCCCGGAAGCCCCUCUCUGGCCCCUCAGGCGCCGUUCUUUACGGAACCGGAAGCGGAGUCCGAGGAGAGACGGUCACCCGGCUGAGACCCUCGUUUCGCGAGGUGGAUUCGCGCCCCUCAGCCUCGCCUUCUCGGCCCCCGGAGGCCGCGUCCUUUCCCCGGUCCCGGGAUUCGGGAGAGCCCGCCCCGCUCCUGAGACCCCGGCCCCCCUGGCCUCGCGUCUCCUCAGGCCGCUCUUCCGCCCCGCGGGCCUUCCCUCCCUGUCAGCACAGUUGACCUUCAAGGAUGUGGCCAUAGAGUUCACUCAGGAGGAGUGGGAAUGCCUGGACCCUGCUCAGAGGGCCUUGUACAGGGACGUGAUGGUGGAGACCCUCAGGAACCUAGUCUCCUUGGAUAUCUCUCAUAUGCAUGUGAUCAAGAAAUUACAACUAAAUGCAAACAUUUAUGGAGGAGAAGGAUUCCAAAUAGUUAUACUGGGAAGACACAAAAGGAAUAAAAUUGAAGAUUUUUACCUCAGGAAAAUCCAGGAAAAUGUAUGUAACUUUGAGUUUCAGCCAAGAGAUGAGGAAAUAAAUUACAAAGGAAAGCCUGUAUCCCAUGGCAAAAAUCUCCCCUGUAAGAGACAGCGACAUGGUAGAAGCAUUACAGGAAUUCACCCUAUUGAAAACAGACUUCCAUUAAGCUUUGGGAAUGAACUGAAGCUUUAUAAAAGUGAAGAGAAAAUUGAUGAAUUUGAUGAAGCUCACAGGAGUAUCAACAUUAAUGCCUCAUUUUUACCACUUCAAGGAAUUUCUUCUACUAUCCAGUCUAACCUUGGUAAUCCAUGUGUGAAUGAUUUUAUGCAUCCUUCAGUACUGACACAAGACCCGAGGGCACACAAGGACAGCCCUUACAAUUGUAAUCAGAGUGGUCAAACCUUUCAUCAGUGCUUAAACCUCACUCAACAUCAGUUGAUCCAUACAGAAGAGAAAAUAUUUAAUUGUGAUAUAUGUUGCAAAGUCUUUAGUCAACAUUCAGACCUUGUUAUUCAUAGAACAAUUCAUACUUCAGAGAAUGAGUGUGACAAAACCCUUAACUAUGGAUUAUACCUCACCGGACAUCAGAUAAUCCAUACAAAAGAGAACUUAUAUAAAUGUGAUAUAUGUGAAAAAGUGUUUACUCAAAGUUCAUACCUUACAGUUCAUCAGAGAAUACAUACUGGAGAGAAACCAUACAAAUGUAAUGAAUGUGGCAAGGUGUUUAGUCAGAAUUCAUACCUUGCAAAACAUCGCAGAAUUCAUACUGGAGAGAAACCUUAUAAAUGUAAUGAGUGUGGCAAAGCUUUCAGUCAAAAAGGAAACCUUGCAAGUCAUCAGAGAAUUCAUACCGGAGAGAAACCUUAUAAAUGUAACGAAUGUGGUAAGAUGUUCAGUAUUAGAUCAACCCUUGUCAGUCAUCAGAUCAUUCAUACUGGAGAGAAACAUUACAAAUGUAAUGAGUGUGGCAAAACUUUUUAUUUUGGCUCACACCUUAUACAACAUCAAAUCAUCCAUUCAGGAGAUAAGCCAUAUAAAUGUGACAUCUGUGGGAAAGUGUUUGGUCAAAAUUCAUACCUUGCAGUUCAUCGGAGAAUUCAUACUGGGGAAAAACCUUACAAAUGUAAAGACUGUGGCAAAAUCUUUAAUCACAGCUCAAACCUCAAGAGACAUCAGAUAAUCCAUACAGGACAGAAAUUAUGUAAAUGUGAUAUAUGUGGUAGAGUCUUCAGUUUUAAUUCAUACCUUGAAAUUCACCGGAGAACUCAUACUGGAGAGAAACCUUUCAAAUGUAACGAGUGUGGCAAGGUCUUCAAUCGGAAUUCAAAUCUUGCAAUUCAUCAGAGAAUUCAUACUGGAGAGAAACCUUACAAAUGUAAUGAGUGUGGCAGCUGCUUUAGUCGAAAGGUGUACCUGGCAAAGCAUCAGAGUGUUCAUACGAAAGGGAAACCUUACAAAAGUAAAGACUGUUGAAAAGCCUUUACUUAA